UUUCUUUUAUUGCAAGAGGGCGGAGAAGUCUAUGCGUGCCUGAGAGACGUCAGAGGAAAACAAGCCUCGGCGAAUGGCCGAUACUUUCUUUUUGGGGCCCUGAGGUGUCUUUUAAUUACCAGAAAAGAGUCGUAGAAACGUGAGGGGAACCUUUUAUCAAGGCGCUCAAAAAUGAUCCCUCUGGAAAGGUUGUGGCGCUCCUGGGACUCUUGACUCGAGUGUUGCGCGUGUUAAGUCGCCUCAACUUCCCUCAAAAAAGCCACCAGAUUUUCAGACCUAAGCAUGUCAAAAAAACACAAAAAGAAAUCCAGUCAAAAGGAUGACAUCUUGGAUAAAAAGAAACCAGAAUCAGCAGAAAUUGGGAACAGACAUGCAAAAGAACAGCUGGACCAAAGAGUGAGUGGUGCUGGAUAUGUGAAAGCAAAAAUGAGUUUCGAUCUCAAAAAUUCUAGUACAGGACUCGAAGCAAAGAUAUCAAAAGACUCUCAACCCGUUAAUAGUGCUUUAAUACCUCUUGAAGAGCGUGAAAAGAUCACCAUGCAAUUUAAAGCCACGGCUAAUCUUGGUGAGAAAAGAAGCAUUAUGGAGCCUAUAGUUGUCUUCUCUCGUAAAGAACAGUCUGGCAUGAGUGGCAGUGAUCCUGAUGACAAAAAAAGGAGGAAGCUGUCACACGAUUUGGGGAUCAUAAACAUCAAAGAGAAGGAUAAAAAAAAAGAUAAAAUGGAGAGCACCAAGUUUAAAAAAGUAAUUCUAAAGCGUAUAAUGGAGGAAUUCAAGGAAACCACGAAACCAGCAGAAAGUUCAUUCCUUCAUAAGAAAAAAACACUAAGAUUGAAUGAAUUCACCCCGAAAAUUAACUGUACCAAAACCCAGCACGUUCCAGAUUUACCUUUUACUGUCACAGAUUCUAAAGUGCAUAUGCAGGCUUCCAAAAAAGAUACUCUUGAAAAGGAGAAGCGUCUUUCUUUAGAACUUUCCAGCAAAAAUGGUAAAGAAGUCAAAUGCACACUCUCAUAUCACCUGUCAAAGCUGCCCAAAUGUUGGAAGUAUAAAAAUGAAGAACCAACACCUACUGAUUCAGAGACGGAUAUUUGUAAUUCAAGGAUUCAAGGAAAUAAAUUUGAACCAGUCACGUUUCAUUCAAGUUGGGGUUCCAAAUCCUCAUGUUCUUCCCUUGAAAACAUCGAAAAUACAGAUGUGGACCAAGAGAUGCAGAUUGUAGAAGACUUGCAUGCAGCUCGUAUUGAGAAGAAGAUGGAACUGCCUGUCGUGCAGGCGUGUGGAGAGUUAACUUGCAUGGAAAUAGAUCUUGCAGACGAUGAAUCACAUAUAUCCUCUAAUAUUUUCUCUGGGUUGAAUACUUUGAUUGUGAUUGAUACUAAUAUAAUGAUCAGCCAUUUGACAUUCAUCAAAUCUUUGAAGAAUGCAAAUAUCCCAGGCAUAGGCAGAUUUUUGCUAUUAAUUCCCUGGGUAGUUCUGCAAGAAUUGGACAACUUAAAACGGGGGAAGAUAUUGGCAAACGUUAGCCAAAAAGCAAUCCCUGCAGUUCACUUCAUCUAUACUUGCCUGAAAAAUCAAGAUCCAAAGUUGUGGGGUCAAUCCAUGCAACUUGCUUCUCAAAAAACACAAAGUUUCAGUACUGAGAACAAUGAUGAUCGUGUGUUACAAUGCUGCCUUCAGUAUCAGAAUCUCUAUCCUCAAGCUGAAGUAAUCUUGCUGACGGAUGAUAAAAAUUUGUGCAACAAAGCCCUAGUGAGUGAAAUAAAGGCAUAUAGUAAAGCAGAUUUGGUUGUUGCAUUCCAGGAAAUGACUCCAAAGGGCACAAUUAUUAGUGAAGAUACUGCCAAUAACAAGUGGGGAAAAGAUAAAUACCCCAAGAAGACUGAAAAGAGUUCUUCUAAUCAUCUUUCAGAAAUUAUUUUUGAUAUGGAAAAAAGCUUGGGAGAUGUUUUAUCUUCUAUUUUAGAAACUGAAUUGAAGAUUGCUUUUGGAGAUCUUUGGAUUGAGGUAGUAUAUCAUAAACCCCCUUGGACAUUAGCAAAUGUGCUGGAGUGUUACAAAAAACACUGGAUGGCUGUUUUUGGACAAUUUAUAUCAAGAAGCCUUUUUUCAACUAUUGAAUAUCUCUAUGUACAUCUUUGUAAAGGUAAAAUAAUUGGAUAUUCAACAUUGAGGAAUGUCCUCCGGGAGUCAAAAAUGUUAUUGGAAAUGUUCAGUUCAAGAUCCACCUAUGAUGGUUUUCUUUCACGGGCUUUAGCUCAAGUGAAUAGAUUACUCAAGACGGUUGAAGAGAUGGAGUCAAGUAUAGGAGAAAAUUCCAAAGAUACCUUGAAAUCUAAUUUGGGAAAUGAUACAUGUGAAAAAAUGGAAGAUGUGAUUUUGUCAGAACACACUCAGACAGGAGAUAAGUGUCCAUUAACAGAGCCUUCAGCACAAGAAAAUAGACAUAAGGAAAUUUGGUCCGUCCUUGAAAAUGUAUGGAACAGAAUCAAUGUGUUCAGUUUUGAAAUUUUCCAAAAAGUAGACCUUAAUGCAAUACCCCAAACUUCGAAUAUGUCUUCAUUUCAAGAAGCUUUUAUGGGGCUGCAGAAAUUAAUGGGCACAGUGAAUGAAAUUCUUGCUGGAAUUCAGCAAGUCUUAGUGCCAAAUAGUAGCUUUCAAGAUGUUUGGGCCUUGUAUAGAUUCUUAACUAAUAAUGAGGUAAAUAAUAGUACAAAAUUUACUGCUGAGGAACUUUACGAUUGUAUUUCCCAAGAAAUGUAUAGAACACGGUUAUCAGUUGGAUAUGGCCAGCUAAUUCAACUGGAACUUAUUGUUAGACAGCGUUAUCAAUCAGUCCUUUUAGAAAUAAAGAACAGAGGAUGGCUCUAACUCCUUCAAUUAACUGAAACACUUGAAAGACUGGUUUUCUUUUCACCUAGCAAAAUAAACCUAUGAUCCAGCUCCCUAAAAAAGUUUAAACUUCUGUAAUUUAUUGGUCUUUUUUGCUGUUUUUAGCAACUUUGUUUGAUGAUCACACUUAAAGAAACAUUAAUCCAUGGUUUGGCCUUAUUUGUAUAUAUGUAUAUGUGUUUGUGUUUCUACUUCCUGGAGGACGACAGAGUUAGAACUGGUGAAGGGAUUUCUAAAUCUCCCUGAAAUAUUAGCUUUUACUCCUCAUGUAAAUCACCACUUUACAGGUGAGAUAUUUUUUAAAUCUGUAUAUUAUCCAUUCCGAGAGCAAUAUUCUAAUGGCAAUGACAUAGCUCUACCCCUCUCCUUACCUAGCAUAUCAUAACUUGGAGUUGAGUUGUGCAGACAUUUUGAUCAUGAAGCUUACAUAUGAAGUUAUGUAUAUUUUAUUAGCCCAUUCCCUGCUCUUUUUACAGUAAAAAUCUCUUAAAUCUGUUUGCUAUUUUUUGAUGAAUUCUGUUGUUACUUUUUCACUGGUAUCAUUUGUCAUGUUUUAAUGGAAGGAGAUUCCAUACUACUCAAUACAUAAUGCCCAUCUGCCUGCUUCUCUUGGCCUACUGAAUUUGUAGCUGUCAUAACUACAGUUUCUUGAAAUCCCCUCUUCCUUCCACCUCAAUCACCAAGAGCUCACUCAAAAACUGCAGAAGUUAGACAUCAAAUGUUAUGGCUAUGGGAACUAUUCAACCAUACAGGGAGAAGGAAAACAGGUGAUCUCCAUGGAUGCUCAUGGCAAGCUGCAGCUUGCAGCUUGCAUUCCUCUCCUGCUGUCCAUUGUAAAGUUCUUACAUUGGGACAAAAUGGAAUUCUUGUGGCCAAUUUAUCGUCAUCUACUCAGCACUACUAAUUAUCCAAAUAAUUGUUGUGCAUUUGUGUGGAAAGAUGUCCAUAUGCCUAGGAAUCAUGAAUGAAUGUGCAAAAGAUUCUGUUCCAUCACCCAGAAUAAAACACGAUUAUAUAAUUGCAAGCAUUUUUGCUACUUUUACAAGAGAAAAGUUUCUACCUGACCGGAAACCAACUUUGUAUGCUAGCAAUGGAGGGAAGGUUUCAAGGUUGUAGAGGGGGGGAAAGUGUUUAAUCUGUGCAUGUCUCUUUUUACGGUGAAAAUGUCUUAAAUCUGUUUGCUAUUUUUUGAUGAAUUCUGUUGUUACUUUUUCACUGGUAUCAUUUGUCAUGUUUUAAUGGAAGGAGAUUCCAUACUACUAUAUAUUCAUUUCAAACAUUUUAAUUUCAAAUUUAGAUUAAAAAUGUUGCCAAGGAAGACGUACAUUUGAUUGUUUCACUUGAGAGCCCAUUUAUGGAUAUGUGCUCAGAAUGUGUUUUAUGAACUUCUAAGUAUGCAAAUAAGUUACAGCUACCCCUUUGAUUUCUGUAGAGCUAAGUAUUGUCAUUCUAUAAAUGUUUAAUUACA